AUGGCCGAGACACAUUCUACCCCGCGAAGCGCAGUCCUCCACCGUAACACCCGCUUUGUCCCCAAGAAAGCGGUCGGUGGUAAAGGAAGCUAUAUCUUCCUCGAAGAUGGCACCAUGUUUCUUGACUCAACCGGUGGUGCGGCAGUAUCCUGUCUAGGUCACGGCCAUGAGCAAGUCAAUCAGGCUGUGAUCAACCAGAUCAAUCAGUUGUCAUACUGCCACUCAGCAUUCUUCAGCACUGAGGUGACAGAAGAACUAGCGCAAUUUCUCACUGAUUCGACGGGAGGGAAGUUGUCCAAACUAUACAUUGUUAGCUCGGGUUCAGAGGCAGUAGAAGCAGCACUGAAGCUCGCACGCCAGUAUUAUCUUGAGCUUCCGACACCGCAACCUCAACGCACCAGAUUUAUCGCCCGAUCGCCAUCAUAUCACGGGAUUACUCUGGGUGCUUUAGCUGCAGGAGGUCAUGUCAUCCGUCGUCAGCCAUUUGAGCCAUUGCUUUCCCAGAACACGUCGCACGUGUCACCUUGCUAUGCAUACCGGGGCAAGAAAGAUGGCGAAUCCGACGCAGAGUAUGUUGCUCGACUUGCAGCAGAGUUGGAAGCUGAAUUCCAGCGCGUGGGAUCGGAGAAUGUCUGCGCGUUCAUUGCUGAACCUAUUGUUGGGGCGGCUAUGGGCGCCGUCCCCGCAGUACCGGGCUACUUCCCAGCUAUGAAGGCCGUGUGCGAGAAACACGGCGCGCUGUUCAUCCUCGACGAAGUGAUGUGCGGCAUGGGUCGCUGCGGGGCCCUACACGCAUGGGAACAGGAAGACGUUGUUCCAGAUCUACAGACCAUCGGAAAGGCACUGGGAGGCGGGUAUGCUCCUGUCUCUGGGGUAUUGAUUGGCGAGAACAUUGUGCAAGCCCUGGACAAGGGAACGGGCGUUUUCCGACACGGCCAUACCUAUCAGGGUCAUCCUGUUUCCUGUGCGGCUGCAUUGGCGGUGCAGAAGGUCAUCGAGGAGCAGAAUCUUCUCGAGAAUGUACGCAAUAUGGGGGCGUAUCUUGAGGGCCGGCUGAGGAGUCGAUUGGAGGCUCAUCCAAAUGUGGGAGAUAUUAGAGGGAAGGGUUUGUUCUGGGGGAUUGAAUUUGUCAAGGAUAAAGCCACCAAGGAGCCUUUCUCUCCCCUGGUGAAUGUCGCGUUCCAGAUACAAGAGACAGGUCUGGACCCAAUGUAUGGGAUCUCGCUUUAUGCUGCGUCGGGCACGGUGGAGGGAACGCAGGGAGAUCAUGUUAUUCUUGCUCCUCCUUAUAACGUGACAAAGGAAGAGAUUGAUAUCAUUGUGCAAAUAUCUGGUAAGGUUAUUGAGCGUGUUUUUGCUAACAUCACGACUGCUAGGUGA